GGACGGACAAAUGGAUGGAUGGAUGGAUGGACGUACAUAUGAUCAAUCAGAUACAGACAAUUCAAGAGACAGACAGACAGUCAGACAGACAGACAGACAGAAGGACAGGUUUUGCUGAGGCGGAUUGAGUGGGUGGAUGGAUGGAUGGUGUGAGUGGGUUGGCAAUCAACAGUUUCUGAGGUUGUACAAAGGAGGAUAUUAUCGUGGCUCGAUGUGCGCGGUGGAUCUGCACCAUCGGUGCUGCUGCGGGAGGGAGAGAGACGGUGGGGCGAUAUGAGAUUGGACAGAUAGGGACGGAGGGCCGAGACAGACAGCCAGUGAGCUCCGGGUGGUAUUGGUCGGUGUUGGGUGGUUGAAGCACAUGGAGCAAGAGAGGCUGCUCGGUAUACGAUCGAGUGUGUGUGUCCGUGUGACGGUUUAUGCCUUUGUCUGUCGUGUCCUCUCAUCUGUGUGUCCUUCCUUUAUGGCGCCAUGGCUGCCUGCCUGCCUGCCUAUCCCCUCCGUGUUUCUCGUACACCAUUAUUCCAUUCCACUGGUUGUCUGUCUGCCUUCAUGGCAUGGAUCGACAUAUGGUAUGGCGGUCCAUUGCGUGUGUCCGUCAGCCAGCCAGAUCCUCAUCAGCCAGCCAGCCGUCUUUCUGUUGCGUACCUGUAUUUGUACAGACACAGACAGCUGACCGAACGAACGAACGGCCGACAGAUCGACCAGCCAGCCAGCCACCCAGCCAGCCAUGGCAAACAAGCAUGUGUCGGUCGAUAAGUGUGUAAGAUGGAUAAAUAAAAGAGGCACUCGACUUGAACGAACCCACCAGUCAGUCGCCACAAAACCCCAAACAAUUAUGGUAGGUAUGCAGAUGGAUAAAAAAGAACGCUCUUCAGCCGCCAGCAGAGGCUGCCGUGCGAUUCCCUCCCCCAAGACAAAAAACCUGCGAGGGCUCCACCCAGCCAUGCAUGCUCCCAUCCAUCCAGAAAAUGGCCCUCACGUGGGCUGACUCGAGAAAACCACCGUCGCCCCGAAUCACACACAGACACAGACACACCCCACACCCACUAGACAAACCUCCACAAAUCACACGAACACAUGAAGGUGCAUAAACUACCCACCCCAUUGACCCCACCCGCCCCAUCUAUCAGAGCUGUUUUCAUCAGCUAUAUGGCGUCGAUGUCAUCCUGCUCCUGCAGCGGCACCCGCACCCACCUGGCCUCGUACGUCUUGUUUUUGUGCUGAAACAGCCGAUACUCCAGCAAGUUGCCCUCACCGUCACGAGUCGACCGCAGCAACGUCUGAUAAGUGGGGCCGCGGGACGCCGUCGUGUUGGUGUGGGUGUGGGUGUCGUCUGUCCUGAUGCGUCGGCCGCCCUGGGGAGUGUGGCCAUGUGCGUGUGAUGAGCGGUUGCUGUGUGGGGUGGCGGGCAUGGGCACCUUGCACUCCCCAAGGAUGGGCUGCAGCGUCAGCAGCACAUUCUCAUCCCAUACGAGCAUCAUCUGGGCAUUCACCAACUCCUGUAGUAGGAGAACACGCCACACACAGGCAAGAGGCGUCCAUGGAUCCAUCCAUCCAUCCAUCCAUCCAUCUGUGUGGGGGAGUCUACACGUACAUUGGUGACUUCGACGAGCCGAUGGCUGAUGGACCGCAGGCGCGCCACCACACACGGCACCGCAUUGAUGGCCCCCACAUACACGGCCGCCGCCCCGUUGAGCACCAGCCCGCACACGAUCUCGCCAACGUCACCCUCCAGCCGAUCGCCUCUCUUCUUGUUCCGCAGCAGCCAGCACAGCCCCACGAGCAGCAGGUUCACCGCCAGCACCGCCAAAGCAGGGGCGGCCCAGAGCAGCAUCCCCUGCUUGGUGCGGAAGGGGCGCGACGCCUUUGCCGCGUCUCUGUGGAGGGCGAUGGAGAGGUAAGUGUGCAGGUCCUCCUCCAUGGCGUAGAUGCAGUUGUCCUUGAUGCGGUCAAAGGUUGGCCCGACCAUCCGUGGAGUGGGCAGAGUGAAGCAGUUGCGGAUGCGCAGCUCUAAUGCGUCGACCUCGGCGAGUAACUUCCCAACCAUGCCGCGACCUGAUUGGUGGGUGAAUCAGACACAACGCACGGACCGCACACACAGAGACCUAGACACGGACUCAUUGUGUCGGUCGGUGCAUCUUGUCACUCACCGUAGUGUGGGUGGCUGGUGAGGGGGUGGCCCGCAGAGAGCGAUGAGGUCGGCCCGCUCAGAACGGUGCUCGUCAUGGUUGGCGCAAAGGACCCUCCUGCGUCGCUCAUCUCGCCCCCAUGCAGCGACCGAUACCGAUACACAUCGCCCCCCUCCCCCCGAUCAUCCCCCUCCACCAGCACGCUGCCGCUGCCGGUGCCCGACGUCUCCCGCACCUUGUCGCAUAUGCCCUCGAUGAACGAGUGCGCAACACGCCGAUGGCUGAUGUAGUCGAACACAAACAGCAGCAGCACCACCCCGGCCAGCACCAGGGUGGCGGCGGCGAACACACUGGGGUAGUGCAGCUGCACCACCCUAAUCGGCAGCUCGUGGCCGGCGUGCUCACGGUACACCCUCUUCACCUCAUGCACACCGAACCGGGCAACCAAGACCACCAUUGCCCACGCAGCGAUGGCCAACCACAUGGCAAAGACAAGGCAGCAUGAUCUGGGCGACCAUGAGGGCGCCUUUACGCCCUGAUGCACAGCUGGCGUGGCCGCGGGGAAGCCGAGAGUGUCGCCCAUGCAGCAGAGGAGGGGCAGGCAUGACUCGGGCGCCCACCGCUUGGACCGCUCGUCGAGGGCGUAUCGAGUCAUGAGGGAGCGGAGGGAAACCCGCAGACGCAGAAACGACCGACGCGUCGGUGAGCACAAGAGACGAACCUGCAGAUCAGAUCAGACACAUAUUCAAAAUUUUCUGUGGAUCUGCAUGCCUUCUCCGUGUUCCCUCCCCUCCCUCCUUGCUGCUCACAUCGUUCCGGAUGCCCUUGUCGUCCAUCUGUUCCACCGCUGCCGGUCCACCAUGUCCACCAUCCAGCCUGUCACGGGCCUCGUCCGCAUCAACAGGCACGGCGGUCAGCUCAAUGCUGCGCUGGGGCUGCAGCGGCUGACUGUGCUUGGACGACGAUAGGCGCCGUAUGUCAGCUGCGCUGGUGCCGAUUUCCUCCUCUGCUGUGAGCAGCAGGGCGGAUCUAUCGUCGACAUUCAUGAUGCAGCCGGCUGUGGGCGCCGUCGCGCCGCAGAUCUAGCGGAAUAUCAUUGUAUCAAACAGCC